UCCACUCCUGAGUCCCCUCCUCCACAUCCCCUCCACAGGCUUAGCACGAGGAGAGAAAAACACACACUUGUUUUCUCCGCUUUCCAGCACACCAGGUCCUCUCUGGAUAUCCACACUGCUAGCAGCAUGGAGACUCACACCAGGUCCUCUCUAGAUAUCCAGACUGCUAGCAGCAUGGAGACGACAUGUUCCAACACCCCCUCCUACAUGGCCUGGUCCAUCUUCAACUGCCUCUUUUGUUGUUUACCGCUGGGGAUCGCUGCCAUCAUCUACUCUUCAACGGUGAACAACGCCAACUCAGCCGGUGACAGGACCAAGGCAGAGAGCGCCUCCAGGACCACGAUGAGACUCAACCUCGCUGCCCUGGUCUGCGGCAUCAUUCUCAUCAUCGUCAUCAUUCUGGUGUCAAUGAACAGUUAAUUAGUAUAUUAAUUUAAUUCCGUAUAAUUAGGAUAUUUCAUGAAAAUUGAACAGUAUAUCUGAAUGUGGCCGAAUUCGGUCUGUUAAAGAAAAGCAGUGUUUAAUGUGCAAAUGAUUUAUCUAAAUUAUAUUGCCUACUGAUUUGAUUCCAUUGUCUAUCAAUAGAGAAGUUGGGAGAGUUAUUGAUGCAUUGUGACAAAGUUUGUUGCCCUGUAAUGACAACACUAGCAAAUACAAAAUAUUGAUGUUUUCUUAUUCAAAA